AGUUAACCCUAACAUCCUACCAUAAACAAAGCAUCUCUUCCAAUCUUCUUGUCAAAUAACAUAUACUUAAUAGUGAUCAUCUUCUUCUAUGGCUGCCACCAUCAAGCUUCUUUCCCUACGACUAGCUCUCUUCCUUUGUCUCCUUAGCCCGGGCAAAUCAACAAGCAGUUACAUAUGCCGACAUGUUCCAGGGGAGAUUGCGAUCGCCCAAGCUCGGACUGGAAAGCUGAUAAAAGGCAAGCCAGAAUGGAAUGUGACGUUUAAGAACCCAUGCAUCUGCACCCAACUAGAGAUCUUUCUUACUUGUACUGGAUUUAAGACUGUUGAGAAGAUUGAUAGUCGUACCCUCCUCCUCCUUAGAGGUCGAUGCCGCCUCUAUGAUGGUGCCCCCAUCUAUGGUGGUCAUUCUUUGAGCUUCAAAUAUGCUUGGGACCACCCAUAUGCGUUCAAGAUUGCUAAUGCUACCAUAGCAUGCUCCUAAUUAAUUAUUAUAUGACAAAUAGCAAUAAUUAGUUUUCCGAGUUCGUAUAUAUAUAUGGCUCCCUUGCCUUCCAAUCAGCAAUUGUCUAAAUGUGGUAGCAUUAUAUAUGAGUUCGACUUUCCA